AUGGUUCAAACACAUAUACCUUAUGGCUAUAUGGAGGAUGAGCUUGACAGGCCGAACGGGCGCCUAAUGAAUACGGUAAAUGAUCACAUCGUUGCUCCCUACGAGCGUUACUCAGACGAACUUAUCGAAAUGCUUUCAUGUUUUGAGUACCCUGGUUCCCAAUACGCCGCUUCGAUAAUUGAUAAUACGCAAGACGAGGACGGCAAUGAUGUGCCUCUUUCAAGCUUCCUCCCUUCUGCUGAUUGGAUUGUGAACACGCUGUUGCCACUCGCCCGGAGAAAGGUCAGGCGAUAUCGAGGUGUCGUCAACCCGCCUAGAGGAUAUUUCGACGCCCUGGACGUAUCGUGGACUAGACCCAAGAAAUUAAUGCCUUAUGAGCAUGUCAUUCCGCCGUUUGUACAGAUCAAUCCUAAUGCAAACGAUGCAUCUAACGACGAGGUCGACAACAAUGCACAGAAUGAAGGGGACUCAGACGAUACCCCUACGCCUGUUGCCAAGUUUAGGAAAAUGAUGGACGCAGGCGGUUUAGGCGCCUACGAGCGAUGGAACCAUGUAAAUCCCAGUGUUACAACAUUGUGGUAUAGAGAUCCGGCUAUUUACGAUCUUGCGUACGAACCACCGCCCGCUCCGCUCCCACCUCCGCCGGCCGGCGGCGACUCAGACGUAGAUUCAACUCCGGAUCCUGAUGAAGAUAGCGACGGUAACGACGAGGAUGGUGGUUCUGAUGACGAUUCCGGCGACAAUUCUGACAGUGACAGCCCGGACCCUGACCAAGAUGGGACUGGCAAUUACGUACCUGGUGGUGGAAGCUGGAACCCAUGA